GUCGUAUUGCAGCAGCUCAUAGGUAACGAAAUUCAACCCUUGUCUUCUCCCAGAAGCUACAACCUGCCUAGAUCAGGUACAGUACGUUCGGUCACGAACUCCCGUGUACCUGGCUGUAAAGCACCUCCGUCACAUUCCUGAUGGUCGACGUUUUAUCAUCUUGACAAAUCAUAAGCCCCUUGUGCAUGCUUUUCGUGCAACUUCUGACCGUUACUCUCCUAGAUAGACUCGGUACCUUGAUUCUCUUUCUCAGUUUUGUGCUGCCGUUCGCUUUAUUGAUGGUCCUAGCAAACUCGUUGCCGACACACUAUCCCGUUCUCACAUCCAUCAGUUUCCACGCUGGCCCAUCGAUCUUGAAGAAAUGUCUGUUUUCCAAACCAGUGAUCCAGAAUUAACACAGCUUCGAUCGAACGCUACGUUAAAACCCUUGUAAUUGCCUGUGCUCAAUUCUGACGCAAGAAUCUCCUGCGACACUUUCACCGGUCUCCUCUGUGUAACAUCGUGCUUAUGGUGCAACUCCUUUGUGAUGACCUUGUCACAAUUCUUAAGCGGUAGUAAGGUGCCUGAUUUUCUGGCAGGCCUUACUGGCGGCGCAGUAUCUACUUUGAUACUGCACCCUCUGGAUCUAGCUAAAAUACGCUUACAGGUUAACGAAGGCACCGGUGCCGUGAAAUAUAGACCAAAAACGCGGAGUACCAUCGGGACAUUGGCUGAAGUCGUUCAGCUUCGUGGAUUUCGUGGGCUGUAUUUGGGCCUUGUGCCUAAUGUGAUUGGUGCCAGUGGUUCAUGGGGACUCUACUUCCUUCUGUACGCUGCGUUAAAAAGUUACGUCCAAGAGGGUGAUGGAACGAAAGCAUUGCCCGCUCUCCACUACUUCGGUUGCGGUGCUGUCGCCGGUUCCGUCACUCUGACGAUCAUGAAUCCGAUUUGGGUGAUCAAAACACGUUUAUGUCUGCAGUACGAACGUCUAACACAAGCGUCCCAGGUGCCAUCGAAAAUUGCCUGUGGCCAAUUUUCCUCGGUUGGCCUAUGGAGCGCGCUCGUUCAGUUGUGGCGUCACGAAGGAGUUGCCGGUUUUUAUCGCGGCUACCUGCCCGGACUUUUCGGUGUUAGCCACGGGGCGAUACAAUUCAUGCUAUAUGACCGCAUGCGAGACAUGUACAAUGCAAGUUAUCGGAAGCAAGUCGUGAACACCAAAUUGAGUGCUGUGGAAUAUCUCGUUCUUUCCUCAGUUUCCAAGAUAGCUGCGUCAUUAUUGACCUAUCCAUAUCAAGUGGUCCGAUCUCGAUUACAGGAUCAACAUAGGCAAUAUUCCGGUGUGCUCCAUGUCAUCCGGGUGUUGUGGAUUGGCGAAGGUCUGGUAGGAUUUUACAAGGGCGUGGUCCCCAACCUUUUACGCGUCACACCGGCCUGUGCCAUCACUUUCGUGCUGUACGAGUGCACACUUGACUUGUGGAGAUCUUUGUUCACUAGCUGAGCUACGCUGUUUGGACUAAGGAGCAAAGAUCGGUUGUUAGCGUGCCUGAAACAUGACUGACCGCUUUUCGCCUGCCACCCGGAAACUGGUGCAAGAGUGCUGCUCCAAUCCCGUACUCUGAAGCGUCAGCAGCAACUAUGAGAGGUGGUUUGAGGUCAUAAUGUAUUACUUGCAAAAGGAAGGCUAACGUUCAUCCAUGAUGAAUUGCUACAAGAUUUAUUCUUCGUGCGUGCUUUUCUUCAAUCGAUCUUGCGACAUUGGCUUUUCUUCGACACGAGUAAAUCGAACCUGUCUCAUUUCGCCAUCUGAUUUCGGUUUUUGUCUGGCGUGACUUCAGAACCCUUGUACCUAAAUCUCCCACUGUAUACAGCAGCAUAACACUA